CAUUCUCCCUGUCCCCAAGGCAGAAGCUAAUGCACCAUGCGUGGCCUAGGUCUAGGCCGAGUGAGAAGGCAGCCUGCCUGUGUUCGGCUCGCAGGCCUUACUGAAGGAAGCCGGCUUUAGCAGGUCGGAGGGAAGUGGCUUGCCAAGUGGAAGAGGGAGCUGCCAUCUAUCUAACCACCAUCUCUCUCGACAGCUCAGCCCAGGGAGCUCAUGUAUCCAUUUUGGCAGAAUGACACCAAAACCCCUAAAGUAGACGACGGAAGCUCAUCCGAGAUUAAGUUGGCCAUCCCAAUUUUCUUCUUCGGCGUUCCUUACCGCACUGUCUACGUCAACAACAAUGGCGUUGUGUCCUUCAACGUGCUAGUGAGCCAGUUCACGCCCGAAUCUUUCCCCCUGACGGACGGGAGGGCCUUCAUUGCCCCAUUUUGGGCAGAUGUGCACAAUGGAAUUCGAGGCGAGAUCUAUUACAGAGAGACCAUGGACCCUGUCAUCUUGAAAAGAGCCACCAAGGACAUCAGGAAGUACUUCAAAGACAUGGCAACCUUCUCUGCCACUUGGGUUUUCAUUGUGACAUGGGAGGAAGUCACGUUUUAUGGAGGCAGCAGCACUACACCUGUGAACACCUUCCAGGCGGUCCUGGUGUCUGAUGGCUCCUACACAUUCACGCUCUUCAAUUAUUAUGAAAUCAACUGGACCACCGGCACAGCGAGUGGUGGCGACCCCCUGACGGGUCUUGGUGGAGUGAUGGCACAGGCAGGAUUUAACGGUGGAAACCUCACCAAUUUCUUCAGUCUCCCGGGGUCAAGAACCCCUGAGAUUGUGAAUAUCCAAGAGACCACGAACGUCAAUGUUCCAGGCCGCUGGGCAUUUAAAGUGGAUGGGAAGGAAAUUGACCCAGCCAAUGGCUGCACCUCCAGGGGACAGUUCCUUCGGCGAGGGGAGGUGUUUUGGGAUGACCUGAACUGCACCAUCAAAUGCCGCUGUCUGGAUUUCAACAAUGAGAUCUACUGCCAGGAGGCCUCUUGUAGCCCCUACGAGGUGUGCGAACCCAAAGGCAAAUUCUUCUACUGCAGCCCCGUGGAGACCAGCACGUGCGUGGUGUUUGGGGAGCCACACUACCACACCUUUGACGGCUUCCUCUUCCACUUCCAAGGAUCCUGUGCCUACCUGCUGGCCCGACAGUGUCUGCAGACUUCCAGCCUCCCCUUCUUCAGCGUGGAGGCCAAGAAUGAGCACCGCGGGGGCUCAGCCGUCUCCUGGGUGAAGGAGCUCUCAGUGGAAGUCAAUGGCUACAAGAUUCUCAUCCCCAAAGGAAGCUAUGGGAAAGUCAAGGUUAAUGACCUAGUGACUUCUUUGCCCGUCACCUUAGACUUGGGGGCGGUGAAAAUCUACCAGAGUGGCAUGUCUACUGCCGUGGAAACGGAUUUUGGGCUCUUAGUGACUUUUGACGGCCAGCACUACGCCUCCAUUUCCAUCCCAGGCUCCUAUAUAAACUCCACCUGUGGGCUCUGUGGCAACUACAACAAGAACCCACUGGACGACUUCCUGCGCCCCGACGGCAGGCCGGCCAUGUCCGUCCUAGACCUGGGAGAGAGCUGGCGUGUCUACCACGCGGACUGGAAGUGUGACUCCGGCUGCGUGGACAACUGCACGCAGUGCGACGCCACCGCUGAGGCCCUCUACUUUGGCCCCGACUACUGCGGCUUCCUCAACAAGACGGACGGCCCCCUGUGGGAGUGCGGCACUGUCGUGGACCCCACAGCCUUUGUGCACAGCUGCGUGUACGACCUGUGCAGCGUGAGGGACAACGGCACGCUCCUCUGCCAAGCCAUCCAGGCCUACGCCCUCGUGUGCCAAGCCCUUGGCAUUCCCAUUGGAGACUGGCGAAUCCAGACUGGGUGUGUGUCCACGGUGCAGUGCCCGAGCUUCAGCCACUACUCGGUGUGCACCAGCAGCUGCCCGGACACGUGCUCGGACCUGACGGCCUCGCAGAGCUGCGCCACGCCCUGCACGGAGGGCUGCGAGUGCAACGAGGGCUUCGUGCUCAGCACCGGCCAGUGCGUCCCGCUGCACAAGUGCGGCUGCGACUUCGACGGCCACUACUACGCCAUGGGGGAGUUCUUCUGGGCCACGGCCAACUGCACCGUGCAGUGCCUGUGCGAGGAGGGCGGGGACGUCUACUGCUUCAACAAGACGUGCCGCAGCGGGGAGGUGUGCGCCGUGGAGGACGGCUACCAGGGCUGCUUCCCCCGGCGCGAGACCGUGUGCCUGCUCAGCCAGAACCAGGUGCUGCACACCUUCGACGGCGCCGCCUACGCCUUCCCCGCCGAGUUCUCCUACACGCUGCUCAAGACCUGCCCCGAGCGCCCCGAGUACCUGGAGAUCGACAUCAACAAGAAGAGGCCCGAUGCGGGGCCUGCUUGGCUGCGCGGCGUUCGCAUCCUGGUGGCCGACCAGGAGGUCAAGAUAGGGGGCGUCGAGGCCUCGGAAGUCAAGUUGAACGGCCAGGAAGUGGACUUGCCUUUUUUCCAUCCUUCGGGGAGGCUGGAAAUCUACCGAAACAGAAACAGCACGACGGUGGAGUCCAAGGGCGUGGUGGCCGUGCAGUACUCAGACGUGGGCCUGCUGUACAUCCGGCUGUCCACCGUGUACUUCAAUUGCACGGGGGGCCUCUGCGGCUUCUUCAACGCAAACGCCAGUGACGAGUUCUGCCUGCCCACGGGCAGGUGCACAGACAACCUGGCGGUGUUCCUGGAGAGCUGGACGACGUUCGAGGAGAUCUGCAACGGGGAGUGCGGGGACCUGCUGAAGGCCUGCAACAACGACUCGGAGCUGCUCAAGUUUUAUCGGAGCCGCUCCAGGUGCGGCAUCAUCAACGACCCCUCCAACAGCUCCUUCCUGGAGUGCCACGGGGUGGUCAACGUCACCGCCUACUACCGCACCUGCCUUUUCCGCCUGUGCCAGAGUGGCGGCAACGAGUCGGAGCUCUGUGACGCCGUGGCCCGGUACGCCAGUGCCUGCAAGAAUGCAGACGUGGAGGUGGGGCCCUGGCGGACCUAUGACUUCUGCCGGAGCGACAGGGCGGGGGUGCGCACGGGGAGCCGGCGCUGGGCCGGGGUCUCCCGGGGAGCGGAUCCGGAGAGGGGAGGUGGCGGGCGCGGCAUCCGCGAGCUCACCGGCGGGUGCCCCAACCCGGAGCCGCGCGUCCCGGCGGGUCUCCGUGCACUCCGGGGCGCCCGCGUGUCCCCCACCCGCACAGCGCCCCCUGCCUCCGGGACCCCGUCCGGGGCCGGCCGCCCCCCGCGCGCGCGCCCCCGCGCCUCGCCGCGCCCCGCCCGCGGCGCGGUGCCAGCCGGCUCGCUGGGCAGCUUCCAGCCGCGCGGGCGAGCCGGCCCCUGCCCCCGCCCGCCGCCGCCCCCGCCCCUGCCCGCCGCCCCCGCCCUGCCGCCGCCGGCCCGCGGGCUGAGCGCGGGGCCGGGGCGCGGCGCGGGGCGCAGCCGGCUGCGGCGGCGGUCCGCGGCACAAAGCCGGGCGGCGGCCGGGCACAAAGCCGGCGGCGCUGCCCACCUCGCCGCCGCCGGCCCCGCCGCAGCGCCCGCGCGGGCUUCUCCUCCGUCCCCGCACCCGCGACGUGCCUCCCCCGGCGGGACGCCCUUUACCCCGAGGAACGGACGCCCCAUCGCUGCGGCGCGCUAG